UUUUUUUUUUUGGUUUUUCAUAUUUUUUUUUGAUACUCCUUUCUACGACGUUAUUGGCUUUUACUUAUCUAUACGUACCUUCAUCAUCUCACACUUGUUUCUUUUUUUCCCAGUAUGAUGACGACGACGAAGACAACCACCUCGGUACCAACAACAACGAUAACAACGACAACAGGAGAAGAUCAAACAACACAACAGGUACGACAUCCAUACUAUGAUGAAAAGGCUGGCGAACGAGAAGCACGUAUCCGGAGUUUGUUUGAUUCUUUGGACCGACAUGGUACAGGAGUACUUGAUGCUGAUUGUAUUCUUGGUGGGUUUCUGAAACUGACACAUUUACCUGCACAUACACGUUAUGCGACGGAUUUAUUGGCAAUGUGUGAUACAGCAAGGGAUGGUUUGAUUGAUUAUGGAGAAUUCAGGGCUUAUGUACUGGAAAAGGAAAAGGAUUUAUGGUCCUUGUUUGCCGAAAUCAACAAAUCGGGUGAUAAUCGCUUGCAUCCCAACGAAUUGGAAUAUGCUCUCAAAUCGGCGGGUAUUAGAGUGACAAAGGAAGAAAUUGAAGAUUUUAUUCAUGUUAUUGAUACAGAGGGAAAUGGUUAUAUUGAUUUUCAAGAUUGGCGGGAUUUCUUACUGUUACUACCAAGGGAAACAACUAUCACGGAAAUCUAUCGAUAUUAUCAAACAUCAACACAACUGACUCAUGAUGCUGAAGUGGUAUUUCCUCAUACGGAUGAAGCUGCACGCAACGCCUACAAAUAUCUAGCCGCCGGCGGCAUUGCUGGCGCUGUCUCUCGCACUUGUACUGCUCCAUUCGAUCGACUCAAGGUAUAUCUUAUUACUCAAACUUCAUAUCAUGCCAAAUCCACUGCUGCCGCUGCUGCUGCUUCUUCUACUAGUACUGCUGUUACUUCUCGUUCUACUUCUUCAAGUAUUGUUUCUGCUGUACGUAGUAUAUAUUCCCAAGGUGGUUUUCGUGCAUUUUUUGUUGGUAAUGGUUUGAAUGUAUUCAAAAUUGUUCCUGAAUCUUCGAUCAAAUUUUAUGUGUUUGAAACGGCCAAAACAGUACUUGCAGAAUUGACACAUUCAGAGGAUAAGAAUGCUAUUCCUGUUGGUGCAAGAUUUAUUGCUGGUGGUGUGGCUGGUCUUUGUUCUCAAUUUUGUAUUUAUCCUGUGGAAACUUUAAAAACAAGAAUCAUGUCGACAAGUGUUGGAUCAUCAUCAUCGUCAUCAUCUACAACUGCAGUACAAACAGCAUCCACAGCUAAAAAAUCACUUGUCUUGAAUACAGCAAAACAAAUGUAUCGUAGUCAAGGGAUUCGCUCCUUUUGGCCUGGACUGACUUUGGGCCUCAUGGGUGUGUUUCCUUAUCAAGCUUUAGAUAUGGGGAUCUAUGAAACAUUGAAAGUGACUUAUCUACAAUAUAUGAAGGCUCAAUCUACUGGACGUGUGGGUGAACAAGCUCCUCAACCAAAUAUUUUGGUCCUAUGGUCUUGUGGUAUGGUGAGUGGUUGUAUUGGUGCUACUAGUGUUUAUCCCUUGAAUAUGAUUCGAACCAGGUUACAAGCUCAAGGUACUCCUGGUCAUCCAUAUACAUAUACCUCUGCUUGGGAUGCAGCAAAGAAAACUUAUCAAAUCGAUGGUGUCAAAGGUUUUUAUCGUGGUUUAGGACCAACUUUGUUCAAGGUUGUGCCAUCUGUCAGUAUUAGUUAUGCUGUUUAUGAAAUGAGCAAACGUUCCCUUGGUAUAUCAUAGACCUUCUUGUAUCUUUCUUCUCCCUUGUUUAUUGUAGUUUCCUUCCCUUUUUUUUUUUUCUUUUUACUAUUAUUAUUAUUCUCAUUAUUGUUGUCCCCCUCCAUUCCCGUUCGUUAAUUUUACUUUAUAGAAGAAUGGUCACAUUUCCCCUUCAUUAUCAUCAUCAUCGUUCCUAUUAUAGUAUAUAUAUACAAGUUUCUUCCUCUCUUAUUUUUAUACAUUUAUGGUUUACUCACUUGUUGAAUACUAGCUUUUUUUUUUUUUUACCC